UAGCUUCCUGGUGUGUCAAUAAAUGCAUUUUUUGGGUUUGCUUGCAGGUUUACGUGGGCUUGUGUCUUUGGACACUUUUGGAUGUUUAAAGGGACUUUUCUAUCGCCAAGCUUGAUCUUGACUCCGGACUUUCUUGCUGUCCUUCCAUUUGGCCAUGGAGAAAUACGAAAAGAUCAGCAAGAUUGGCGAAGGGUCAUACGGUGUGGUAUUCAAGUGCCGGAACAAGGACACGGGGCAGGUUGUGGCAAUCAAGAAGUUCCUGGAAUCUGAGGAUGACCCCGUCAUUAAAAAAAUCGCCCUUCGAGAGAUUCGGAUGCUAAAGCAACUGAAGCAUCCCAACCUGGUCAACCUUUUGGAAGUCUUCCGGCGGAAGCGGAAGCUUCACCUCGUCUUCGAGUACUGCGACCGCACCGUACUGCACGAGCUGGACAAGAACCCGCGGGGGGUCCCGGAGCAUCUCGUGAAGAGCAUCACGUGGCAAACCCUCCAGGCCGUGAACUUCUGCCACAGGCACAACUGCAUACACAGGGAUGUGAAGCCGGAGAACAUCCUGAUCACAAAGCAUUUCAUCAUCAAGCUCUGCGAUUUUGGAUUUGCACGGAUCUUAACAGGACCCAGCGACUACUACACGGAUUACGUGGCCACGCGGUGGUACCGUUCUCCUGAGCUGCUUGUGGGGGAUACCCAGUACGGGCCCCCCGUGGACGUCUGGGCCAUCGGCUGCGUCUUUGCCGAGCUGCUCUCGGGCAUCCCUUUGUGGCCCGGGAACUCGGACGUGGACCAGCUUUUCCUGAUCCGGAGGACGCUGGGUGACCUCAUUCCUCGGCACCAGCAGGUCUUCAGCUCCAACCAGUUCUUCAGCGGGGUGAGGAUUCCUGACCCCGAAAGCAUGGAGCCACUGGAAAUGAAAUUCCCCACCAUUUCCUACUCUGCUCUAGGACUCAUGAAGGGCUGCCUCCACAUGGACCCCGCAGAGCGGCUGAGCUGUGAGCAGCUCCUCCAGCACCCCUACUUCGACAGCAUCCGGGAGGCAGAGCUCGGGAGGGAGCGCGAGAAAUCCAUCACACGGAAGGCCCGGCCAGCCAGGAAGCACGGCCCUGGGUUCCAGUACCUGCCCCAGUUAACCAGCAGCAACAUUUUACCUGCGUUGGACAACAAGAAGCACUUCUGCAGCACACGGAAACUGAACUACCAUUUCCCAAACAUCUAAAAAAGCUGGUGCCGCGACAGUUAAGCGGACGCGUACUGAUUCUCUGAAAGUUCUCAGCCUGGACGUGGGAGAAAGCAACUCGGACACCUCCCUAGUGAAAUGCGCCUCGAAGGCCUUCGUUUAAGUGGCAAACCUUGGAAAGAAACUCCCUGCAGUGCGGGAGGCUGGCUGAAGGGCUUGAACUGCCCUGGGUUCAACCAAAAAUCCGAAUUUUUGGACUUUGCAGGGGGAGGGGGCCACCAUAUCUGUAUUUCAUUCAGGAUGAUCAAGCCCAUUGCUGACUCUGCAGCCUCUCUGCCAAAUAUAUCCCAUUUGUAAGAUCCUUUUGUGUCAAAGUGGGGGAGAGAACAGGACAUGUGGCAAGUCGCAUGGCGGGCUGCCCCUGCGAAUGGCGCGAUGCGCAGGGAGCACCGUCUUUGUGUGGUGUGGUGACGAAGCGUGAGAAUCAGCAGUUCAGCCCCGGUCUUGGCCACCGUUAAUCAAGCGCAGUGCAUAAAAAUCAAAGAACUCCUCUUUAUGUCUUUAAACUGAUUUUUUUCCUCUAAAUUUCAAUCGCAGAUUUCUUCCUAAAAUGACAUGGAUUAGAAUGAAAAUCUGAAUGUAAAAUAAACAUGUUUCCAGAGACGAACAGUUCAUUUUUAAGACUGUGAUAUCCAUCAUAAUGAGUUUAAGGCUGCUUUUUAUGUAAAGAAGAAUCAGUGGAAAAUACCUGAUUUUUGAGGUGGUGUAUUAAAAAUAACAGUUUCGUAUUAGAAACCUCCACUAACCUUCAGCAUUGAUUAACAUCCUAAUUUGGCACUUCAUAAAAUGGCUCAGUUUGGCUUGGAAUGAACCAGAGUCUGUCCAGUUGGACUUGUAGUCAAGAUUUGGAAAUCUGGAUAGGCAGGCUGCCCACUGACAGUCAUGGAAAAUGAAGAGGAAUCCUGUUGUAACUUGUUUUUCAGAAUUUGACAUUUUAAAGCAUAGAAGCUCCUUGAUGGUCCGCGGCUUCCAAAUGUCAGAGGGAUAGGUGCCAGGGUCUUUCUGCUGAGUCCCUUUACAUGCAUUAUUCUCUUCCUGUUGGGCCCAGGGAAAAUCUCAAGUAUUAAGGAUGAGGGAGAUGCUGUUUUGACCUUCAUCCACUGAGCGCGCAUAAUUUUAUUGCUCCUAUUUUAUGCCGUAGAAUUUCUUGAGCUCUUCAAAGCUUUCAGUUCUACUGCACAAGCAAUUAUGAAUCGUACUUUCCAAGCAGACUGGCUGCUUUGCUUUACUUCCCCUGGAGAAAGUUUUCCCCAGUUGCAAGGAGCUUUUUCUUUAGACCGCUGGUAGCUUGAACCCAAUGUACACUUGAAAGUAAGUCCAUUUUGUUUGGUGGUUUGCAUUGUGAGAACCAAAAAGAAAGAGGAUUGAAAAGAUGUAAUUCUGUGGUGCAGAGUAUGAGGGAAGAAUUCUGGAUUGUGCUCCUAGCCUUGCAUAUGGCCACAAAUCACUUAAUUUAAUUGUAAUAGCUAUUAGGCAGCACACGUUAAUUGUUGCUCAAGUAAUAAAUAAAUUUGGGAAAGGA